AUGGCGGCCGUGUCGCCGGUGGCUGCCGCUGUGGAAUGUAAACAGACUAAGAAGCCUGGCUUGGCAAGCUUCGAGGGCACGGGUGGUUCUGCUUUCGACGGAAAAUAUAACAAAAACAACAACGACUUCUGUGAGGAAUGGAAUAACGGGACUAAGGAAGUGAAGACAGGUGAUCGCCUACGCCAAGGAACUAAGCGAUUACCGGGCUAUCACCAAACAUUCACGUAA